AUCGAAACAUGGAGCUAACAAUAUGCUUUGCCUCUUCCAUACUGCUCCUUCUCUCCUUGUCCUCUGUCACCUCCGCCUUGCAGCUCCCCUUCUCCCUCUACAUUCUCAACCCAUGCACCCCUGGAUCCGUGACAAUCGGGGCCCGCCUCGAGCACCAUCCGAACCCCCACGACCUGUUCUGCAGCAUCACCGACACGCCAGCCUACCCGCCGGACCUCUUCCACAAGCUAAAUAUCGACAACCAAAAAGCCAGCAUCAGCCGACGGGGGUGGGCCAACGCCGUCGCGAGGUUAAAGGAAAUCUGUGCCUGCCCUGCCGCGCUUGCCGGGGCCGAGGAGCUCGACGUAGAUAUAUUCGUGUAUUGUGACAGAACUUACGACAAUCCUGAGCCCGCUGCACCGCCGACCAAACUCCCCAGGCUCUUCGCCGAUGUCCUAGGCAGCAUGCCGAAGCUGAAAAGGCUCACAUGGGGGAUAUCACGAGGCGAAACCCUCGCGUUCAAGCCUGUCUUCCUGGAGCGUAACCUCACUUUACCGGAAUUACGGUACCUCAAGGUCGAUAGAUAUAGCGAGUACCUGGUUGACCUGGCAUUGGGGCUGGAGCAACUCGUCUCGGCCGGGCGUACUUGGAUUAAGAUGCGCGAUUCGGAAGCGCAACCUGACGCCAGGUUGCUAUUUAUUGAGGCCGCCGGACGGACAAAGAAUCUGACAGGGCUGGUGCUGGACGCCGAGGUAGACGCCAUUCGCGCCAACGUUCCCAACAUCUCCAGCCUCAGCCUCCCAGGUGAGAUCUCCCAAAGGUGGCGGACCAGAGACAGAUUUCCUCCUCCACUUCAAUCCGGCGAGGCGCUCAGGGAGCUGAUCAACAUACUCACCGCCCUUCCCAAUCUCCGCAAGCUUUCCCUCCCCAGUGCCCUCCACCUAGACCUCGGCAUGAACGGCGGCUACUCCGGCAGCGCCUUGGGAAGACCUCUAGGGCGGGAGGACAUAGUGGAAGACGCCGAGGCAACGGCCCUAGCGGGGGAGAUUGUAAUAGGGUUGCUGCCGCAGCUGACUAUUGGCGUGCAAUCUGCAAAUAUUACAAGGGAUAACAACGACGGUAGUGGUGCUGCCUCCUUGACGUGGCCGUGGACGGGGAGCAUGGAUGAUUAUGCUAAUAUGAAUACGGAGGAGGAGUGUUCGGAUCCCUGGGAGACUGGGUACCUUCCAGAUAUGCACUGGGUGAAUUAA